UCCAUUGGCAUUACCACCAUCAAGCCUCUUUUGCUCAACUUCAAUCCGAGUCCCGCAACCCAUCAAUCAAUCAUGUCGAGAGACCCGCUCGUGGUUGGCAACAUUGUUGGGGAUGUCUUGGACCCGUUUGUCAGGUCAGCCUCACUUAGGGUGAUCUACAACGGGAAGGAGUUGACCAAUGGGUCCGAGCUCAAACCUUCGGCAGUGGCAAACCAGCCAAGGGUUGAGAUGAGGGGACGUGACUCUAGGACAUACUAUACUCUUGUGAUGGUGGAUCCUGAUUCUCCCAGCCCCAGCAAUCCAACCAAGAGGGAGUACCUCCAUUGGUUGGUGACUGACAUCCCAGAAACAUCAAAUGCCACUUAUGGAAAUGAGAUUGUGGCAUAUGAGAGUCCUCGGCCAACUGCCGGGAUCCAUCGGUUUGUGUUUGUGGUAUUCCGACAAUCCAUCCGACAAACAAUUUAUGCACCAGGAUGGAGGCCAAACUUCAACACAAGGGACUUUGCAGCUGCGUAUAGCCUCGGUGAUCCUGUGGCUGCCAUGUUCUUCAACUGCCAAAGGGAGAAUGGAUGUGGAGGAAGAAGGUACCAAGCUGUCAAUGGCUGGAUGUAGUGAGCUUUUCAUCCAAUUGCAAUUGUUUCCAGAGGAUAGAUGAAGGGGGGCCCCAUUGCAGACAUGCAAAAUGAGCCAUACAUAUGUAUUUUCUCAUUACAUAUAAAAUACUAUGCAUCACGAUGUGCCCUUAUAUAAAAUACUAAAUACUUUGUACGAGUGUGUUAACUUCUCUACUUGAUCAAUUGUGUAUCUGUAAUUGAAUGAAGAAAUCAAGUGCCGACUCUGAGCAUAAUUAGUGCUACUUGGCAUCUGCAGAGUUUAAGACCUAUU